ACACAAAGCCCUGCAGAAACAUUCUUCUUCAAUUCGAGCAUUAAGAAAAAUGAAAAACUCGGACAGCUCUAGGGUUAGAAAGUAUAGGAAAUCAUUGGCCCCGCGGCUAAGGUGGUCACCGGAGCUCCAUGACCGCUUUGUGGAAGCUGUCGAAAAUCUUGGAGGGAGAUAUCAAGCAACUCCAAAGAGAAUUAUGCAGAUGAUGGCUGUGAAAGGGCUCAAGAUUUCUCAUGUUAAGAGCCAUCUUCAGAUGCACAGGAGCAUGAAGGAAUCCAUGGGUUCAAACAAUUUUAUAGCUAUUAAAAGCUACCAAUUAAAAGAAUCCGAAUUUAUAACUUUAUUCUCUUCUCAAAGACAAUUUUCAGAAUCUCCAAACUGUAGAAUUCAAGGAAGAAGGAGAAAACCCCAAAUCAAUGAAAAUUUAAUUUACCAUCAACACCUGCUGCAGGGUAUAAAAGAAAGCAUAGAAAGGAUGAAUGAGAGAGAGAGUGAAGAAGAAGAAGAAGAUGAUGAAGAUGAAGAUGAAAGUGGAAUUGGAUGGACAAAUAUAAAGAUGAUGGAGGUAGGAGAAGUAGAAGAAGUAUCACACCCAAAUCAACUUACUACCUCAACUUUAUCACAAUCUUCCCCUCUCAAUUUAGAACUCACUAUCUCAAUGCCAUCACAUUAAUCCAUUUCUUUAGCUACCCUGCAUUCUUUUAUUUCAACUAUAUAUUUCAAGACAUGACUAAUCUAUAUAUUUAUGUGAUGUGUUUUAUCAGUUAAA